AUGACAAUCUUCGAUGUCGACCGCAGUGGAACCAUCGGCUACGACGAGUUCGUCGGCCUAUGGAAACACGUCAAAGACUGGCGGAAGUUCGGCUACAACCUCUCCCCGCGCCUGCUUGACCUCGUCGAGCGCAAGUACGGCGAGUUCUCGUCCGCCGCAUCGAUGACCGCCCACGCUGACGACCGCUUCGUGGGCGCGUGUGUUGCUGUGGAGUAG